AUGUUGCCCCCGGGGAGUGGGAAGGGGGCCCACACUCACCUGCCUUCCUUUGGUGGUGGUGGUGGUGGUGGUGGGGACACGGGGACUCCGGAUCUGGCCCCGAAGCUUCUUUGGAAAAAAGGGUCGGGUGAGAGUAAAGUCACAGGUUGCACAAGGGACCAGCAGGAAGCCCUGACCAGGCCCGUCUCUGCCCAGCUGGACCGGUGGGAGGAAGAAGCCAAAAGUCGGAGAGAUUUACCUUCUCCCGAACUGCUGCCCCUUCCUGUGGGAUCCCAUAAGCCACCGCAGAAGAAGAACCACCCAGCUCCUGUGACUACAGCUCGGAGCGGGCCACCGCCUGGAAUAAAAGCCGGGAGAAGAACGCUGCCCAGUGCGAAGCGGAGGCCGCACAACGCCCCCAGUGCCUCUGACGUUGCCGUGCCAGACUUCUCUCUUGCAAAGACCAUCGGGAAAAUUGAAGGACAGCUCGAAGAAGGGAACACGCCUGAUCUAGAGGAUGACCUUCUCCCCGGCGCUGCCAGCGAACUUGGAGCAGAGGCCCAGAUCCGAUUCCUCAAGGCCAAGCUGCGUGUGAUGCAGGAGGAGCUGGAUGCCCUGGCCCAGGAAUGUGGCAAAAAGGAGGAUGAGAACCGAAGUUUGAGUGGCCGCCUAAGAGAGGUGGAAGAGGAGCGCGGGAGGCUGCAGCGAACGGCCGCCCUGCAGCAGUCUCAAAUCGAGAAGCACAAGUCCUUGUGCGAGGACGGCAAGAGGCGGAGCGAGGGGCUGCAGCAGAAACUCUCCGGGGUGGAAAAGGAACUCGAGACUCUGAAGCGAGCGCAGAAGCAGGCUUCAGCCAGUCAGAGUACGAUGGAAGUUCGCUUGAACAGAGCUCUGGAGGAAUCGGAGAAAUAUAAAAUGGAACUGAACAGAUUGAAGCAAAGCAAUAAGGAUGUUGUCAACCAAGAACAUAAAAAGCUGGAAGAACUGAAAAUUGAGAACAAGAGGCUGGAGAAGCAGAAAGAAGAGCUGAUGGCAGGUUUCAAGAAACAACUGAAAUUAAUUGAUAUUCUAAAGAGGCAAAAGAUGCACAUUGAAUCUGCCAAGAUGCUUUCUUUCACCGAGGAGGAGUUUAUGAAAGCCCUGGAGUGGGGCAACGCCUAACGAAGCCCCCCAGCAGACCAAAGACGUGGAUUAUGGAAGUGUGGCAAGAAGGCAACUGAAGAGAAAAUGUGGCAGCCCCCUUUUAAAUGUGUUCAAUUUUUCUGAAAAACUAAAAAGUUUGCCAGCCGUUGUUUUGCCCCAUCCCUACUUUGCCCCCAGAUCUCCCUUCCUCAUCACACAUGUGGUGGCAUUGCUCUUUUUCUCAUUCUUCAAAGCUGGCCGAAGAUAAACCAGACUUUCCUGUCCUCCAGCUUGACAGGAAUUGGGUUACAGAUGCUGCUAAGCCUUCUGGAGUCCCAAGAGUAGCUUGACAAUGUGGGAUGUUUCACAUAUUCCACAGAAACCAAAGACUUCCGUAGGUUUUGCAGUUGAUCUCCUCAGUAACUGAGUCAAGCCACAAGCACCGAAAUAAAGUCAUUCUGCUUCUC